GUCUUCGCCCCGCCCCCGCGGCUCCGCGCCGCGCAUGCGCCGAACGGCGGGGCGCUGGCGAGCCCCUGCUCUUUCCUGGGGGUUGCUGUUCUCCCUUCCGCCCCCGCUGCGGCUCUGGGUCGGCGCCUGCGCAGAGGGCUGAGAGAUUGUCUAGAGCCGCAGGGAAGAUGGUGGAAAACUCACCGUCGCCAUUGCCAGAAAGAGCGAUUUAUGGCUUUGUUCUGUUCCUAAGCUCUCAGUUUGGCUUCAUGCUUUAUCUUUUAUGGGCUUUCGUUCCUGAAUCUUGGUUAAACUCCUUAGGCUUAACAUACUGGCCUCAGAAGUAUUGGGCGGUUGCCUUGCCUGUCUACCUCCUCAUUGCUGUUGUCAUUGGCUAUGUACUCUUAUUUGGAAUUAACAUGAUGAGCACCUCUCCACUCGACUCCAUUCAUACGAUCACCGAUAACUAUGCUAAAAAUCAGCAGUGGAAGAGCUACCAAGAAGGUGCCAUCCCAGCCUUGAGAGAUAUUCCCAUUAGUGAAGUGAACAGAAUGUUCUUCCUUGAAGCCAGAGAACUUGACACCCAAAACUGAGUCGUGUGUACACAUCCUAAGACCAAACAUUUGCAAGUUUUGUGCUAAAUACUUUUGAAUAUAAUUAUAUUGACUGUCCUUUUAAUAUUGACAUGUAAAACAUGAAGGUUGAUUUCUUAGAUUGAGUUACUGUAUUUUCAGUUGAGUUUUUAAUUGACAGAUAAAAUACCACAUUAGACUAUAA